CCAAUUGGUCAGCUCGUAGCAUCGUCAUCAGCCAAACACAUUCAUUGCGGUUUUGGUGUGCGAGGUGUUCGAGGACUGGAAAAUUUAUGUUCAAAUAAAAACAAUUAUACUAAAAUGCCUCUGGAAUAGGAAAAAGCUGUAAACAUACUAUUGUUGGUUUUCUGUUCAUUUAAUGCACGGCGAAAAGGAGAAAUCCACAAAAGAGCUGGAGGGACACACACAUUAGGGGAGUUAUGGAGGUGGAUGCCAGUUUGACCUCAGGAAUGGAGAUGGAGUUGGAUCCAGAGUUGGAGGAGGAGUUAGGGGUGUCUUUGGACGAGCUGCGCAGUUGGAUCGAGGAGCAGGUGGACAGCAGCGAGGCCGUGAGGCAGAGGAAAGAUCAGCUGGAGCAGCUGCAGGAAUGGGUUGAGCAGAGGGAGAAGGAGGUUGCUGAUACAGAUGCUCUUUGCUCUAAUGCCUCAGAGUCUGUGGUUCAGUGUGAAUCUCUGGUGAAGGAAGUGUACAGUAAGAUGGGUCUGGUGUAUCAUGAGAGCAGCUCAGAGGAUGAGGGAGGAGGCAAGGCAAACACUUCUGAGGUCAUUGAGAUUGACGAUGAUGAUGACGACGAUGUUAUUGCUGUGGGAUGUGUGGUUCCUCCCAAGAAGGUUGUAACUCCCAGCAAGGACCCAGCGUUUAAGGAGGCUUCAGCUGCUCUUCAACGAACAUCUCAGCAGGUGCAGAACCUGGCCCAGUCUGUCAAUAGAACAGCCCCCUCGAGUUUAACACCAGCUAAAGCUGUGGCCCCUCCCACACAAUCCCAUGGUGCUCUAGCUGUUCCAGCAGUGUUUAUGUCCUCAGGCCCAAGGAACGCACCCACUCAACCAAACCCUAAUUUAAAACAGGAUAAUAUCAAGAUCAACAUGACACUGUUGGGUAAAAAACGAACCAAGACGUGGCAUCGUGGAACACUUGUUGCCAUCAAACAAGUGGGGAACAAUUUUAAGUACAAGGUGAAGUUUGAGAAUAAAGGGAAGAGUCUUCUCUCUGGGAACCACGUGGCAUUUGAUUACCACCCAACACUGGAGAGGCUGUUUGUUGGUGCCCGUGUCGUCGCCAGGUACAAGGAUGGCAAUCAAGUCUGGCUCUAUGCAGGCGUAGUCGCUGAGAUGCCCAACAGCAAGAACCGUAUGAGGUUCCUGAUCUUUUUCGAUGAUGGUUAUGCCUCAUAUGUAGGCCUGCCUGAGCUGUACCCGAUCUGCAGACCAUUAAAAAAGACCUGGGAGGAUAUUGAGGAUGCAUCAUGCAGAGAUUUCAUUGAGGAGUACAUCACGUCAUAUCCCAACAGACCCAUGGUGCUGCUGAAGCCAGGGCAAAUCAUAAAGACGGAAUGGGAGGGAACAUGGUGGAAAAGCCGUGUGGAAGAAGUGGAUGGCAGCCUUGUCAAAAUGCUUUUCCUGGAUGAUAAGCGGAGUGAGUGGAUUUAUCGUGGCUCAACAAGACUAGAACCCAUGUUUAAUCUGAAAAUGAACACAGCUAGCAGUCAAGAGAAGAAAAUGGCUGGUCAACAAAGACAGCGUCCCAAUAUGGGAGCAUUGAGGACAAAGGGCCCUGUAGUCCAGUACACUAGUGAAAACAGUACUUCUGCUUCCAGUCGACCUGCAGCCCCACAGAUCCCACCACCUCGGCCAAUGGCUGCUGGACCCCCACAGCCUUCCCGCACAGAGAGUCCUAGUUUAAAGAGUCAAAUGGCUAAAAAGAGCACUGGUUCCGUUGCACUGCAGCCUCGUCAGGUCAUGGCCUCUGACCUCCAGCCCAAAGCACUAAUCGGCACUGUUCACCACACUAAUACCUCCAGGCUCUUUCUUCUGCAGUCUGGACCUGUGCAUACGUUGACGCCAAUCAUACAAGCUCCGCAUAAUUUGCAGACAACUGUGUCAACCUACACAAGUGAGCGUAUUCCUCAGGAGCCAUCGUACCAGGCUCCGAAUGACAGACUCUUCUACCUUACACACAACUGCACACCUGACUGUCUAAAGCGCAUCCGGCCCACCCAUCCCAACCUGCAUCGAGGACGCAACCCACUUCUUACUCCAUUGCUCUACGAGUUUCGCCGCAUGACUGGCCGCAGACGCCUUAACCGCAAGAUGUCAUUCCAUGUCAUCUACAAGUCCCCGUGUGGCUUGAGUCUGAGAAAUAUGGCAGAAAUCCAGCACUACCUCUUCCAGACACACUGUGACUUCAUCUUCUUGGAGAUGUUCUGUCUGGACCCCUAUGUGCUGGUGGAUCGUCGAUUCCAACCCCAGAGGCCAUUCUACUUCAUCCGGGACAUCACAGGCGGUCGCGAAGACAUUCCCUUGUCCUGUGUGAAUGAGAUCGACAACACUCCUCCGCCCAGUGUGGCCUACAGUAAAGAGAGGAUCCCAGCAGAUGGAGUCUUUAUUAACACCAGCUCAGACUUCCUGGUGGGCUGUGACUGCACUGAUGGCUGCAGAGACAAAUCCAAGUGUUCGUGUCAUCAGCUGACUCUGCAGGCUACAGGGUGUGCGCCAGGUGGGCAGAUCAACCCCAAUGCUGGAUACCAUAACAAGAGACUGGAAGAGUGUCUCCCUACAGGGAUGUAUGAAUGUAAUAAGCGCUGCCGCUGUAAUCCGCAGAUGUGCACUAACCGUCUGGUUCAGCACGGUUUGCAGGUCCGACUGCAACUCUUUAAGACCCAAAAUAAAGGCUGGGGCAUUCGUUGCCUUGAUGACGUCGCCAAGGGCUCAUUUGUUUGUAUAUAUGCAGGUAAAAUCCUGACAGAUGACUUUGCCGAUAAAGAAGGUUUGGAAAUGGGUGAUGAAUACUUUGCCAAUCUAGACCACAUUGAGAGCGUGGAGAACUUUAAGGAAGGUUACGAGAGUGAGGCCCACUGCUCCGACAGCGAGGGCAGCGGGGUGGACAUGAGCAGGGUUAAACUACCUGCUUCCUCCCAACACGGUAAAUCCACCACCAAGAUGGAGGAGCGUAACAGCAGCACUACCGGCAAAAGUCAAGACGAUUCAUCUGAAGACAGUGAUGACAAAGACGAAGAGUCUAAUGAGGAUGAGAGUGACAGCUCAGAUGACACAUUUGUGAAAGACACAUAUUACUCCACCAGCUCAGUGUGGAGGAGCUACACCACCCGCAGACAAGCCAAGGGAAUUAAGGAAGAGAGUCAGGACAGUAAGGAUGGACUGAGUGCAUCCACAGGUGAAGAGAGGAAGCCACCUCCAAUGCCAGAGGAGACCGGGAAGAGUAAAGUGGCAUCUUGGCUCACCAGCCAGUCUUCCACUUCUGCAAAUCAGAGCGUCAAGGUGGAGGGAGGGAUAAAGACGGAGAAGAAGGAUGUAAUGACCCUCUCUGACAGUGAUGAUGUGCAGACUAUCAGCUCAGGAUCAGAUGACAACAAGGAGAGGGAGAAAAAGACUCAAGCUGUGGUGAAGAGGCAGGUGGCGGUGAAGUCCACACGUGGCUUUGCUUUGAAGUCCCACAGUCUGAUGGUGAAAACAGGAGGAGGGGGGGCAGGAGGAGGUGGCUCAGGCCCAUCUCAUGGACAGGGAGGUGGCGGGGGCGACAGUGGCCCUAAAAACACCCGCCAGUUCUUUGAUGGGGAAGAAUCCUGUUAUAUCAUUGAUGCCAAACUAGAGGGCAACCUUGGACGCUACCUCAAUCAUAGCUGCAGCCCCAAUCUGUUCGUCCAGAAUGUGUUUGUGGAUACUCAUGAUCUCCGCUUCCCAUGGGUGGCCUUCUUUGCUAGCAAGCGAAUCCGAGCAGGGACGGAGCUGACGUGGGAUUAUAAUUAUGAAGUUGGCAGCGUGGAGGGCAAGGAGCUUCUGUGCUGCUGUGGAUCAACAGAAUGCAGAGGACGACUGCUGUAACACACACGUGCACACACACACACUAAAGGUACCUCCUAUUGUAGACGUGCCAGUGAAACUCUUAUUUGGAGCUCCUGGAAGUUGGAUUUAUCUGGUAAGGUCUGGGCUACUGAUGAGAACUGAACAGACACGGAACAAAAAGGAAUUUGUUCAGGAACUUACUGAAGUUGUAAAAAAAGUGUAUGUAUGCUUGUUUUCAAUUGCCCUGCUUCACAGAGUUCCGGCUUAAACCCUAAACAGGCCCACGGCAUCUAUCAUUAUGGUUUAUGCAAUCCUUUCUGUAAACAGCUGUUUCUUUUUUUUAUACAUCCAUCUCAAUACCCUAAUGUUUUGCUUAGUCAAUCUUUUGCUUUUCUUUUAUAUAUGUAGUUUUGAUGAGGAACCUUUUGUUUGUUUGGUUUUUUUUUCAUUUUACUCAUGGUUUUGUGAUUGUCAUUGUAUGCUACUGUGUAAAUGUGCUUUUGUUUGGUCAACAAGUCUAGGAAAACAGACAAAAUUGUACUUUUGCCGCAAUUUGAAUUAAAGUUC